AUGAUUGCUUGGGUGCCUUGCUCUUUGAUGCAGCAACCUGCGAGUCCGCAGACGCGUGAGCGUGAACUGCAAUCACGCAUUGACUGGCUAAGCCGGCUUGUGAAUGAUGCACUCCCCGUUGGUAGAUCGCCGAUCGAGUCUAUCGAGACUGGGCGAGAUAUGGCCUUGGACAGUCCGAUGCAGUCUCCAUCAACUGGGGCGACUAUGGCGAUUGAGCGCAGCGAGAGUGGCUUUGAAGAGAGCCGUACUCCCAAGGCUGAAGGAAAUGUGUGCCUUUCUGUUGCAGCUAGUCUCAAGUGCUUACAGGCCUAUUUUCGACACGUUCAUCGCACAUACCCAUUUAUGGAUAGCGAGUAUGUUCUUCAAGAUUUCGAUGCCCUUUGCAAUAAAGGGGCACAUAAUGGCCUUCUCCCCCAAUCUGCUGUACCAAACCGCGUCUAUAUGGUAAUGGCUAUCGGUUUCACAACCCUGCAGCGAGCUGGGGAAGUGCAAAACAUCGAGGAGCGAGAUUUCCAACCGUGUCUCAAGGGGGUACUCUGUGAGUGUGUCUCUCGAGUGGACGAGCAAUCAGCAGGCACCUUGCUCCUCCUUGGCUUGUAUCUCUUGUUCAAGCCCGAUGACCAAGAUCCGCGAGCCAUCGCUGGUGUUCUCACCAACCAUGCUCUGGCAGUCGGGCUGAUGAAUGAGUCCCCCACUUGCCAGACCCUUUCGCCUCGGGCACUGGAGCUCCGUCGCCGUCUUGGUUGGUCAGUAUAUGUGUUCACUCGCAUGAUCAGCAUAUCCUAUGGACUGCCAUUUGCCUUUCCCGACAAUCUAAUGAAAUUACCACUACCGAGCAUCAUGAUUCAUGAAUAUGGCUCUGAGGAAGGACAUCAAUACGCAAUAGCCUUGCAGGUCAGUCGACAUGUGAUUUCUCUGCGACAACUAGAGACACGCAUUGUCAACGCCAUUUAUGAUCCCAACCCAUCUACAAGUCCCCAAGAACUCCGACUCCAAAUCGAAGACUGGUAUACACAGGGCUGUCUACUAUCCAGCUCAACUUUGUGCGAACAGGACCAGCUUCCCUUUCAUACGACCAUCGCAUGGCUUAAUGUCCGCUACGAGAACCUGCUUCUCUUAUUGUACAGUCCUGCACAAGGAGAUUCUGCAACCGAAGAAAAUCUGCCAAAUCUCCAGGGUGCUGCGCAGCAGUACAUCCGGUUGAGCCUUAUACUGCAUGACCACCGACAUCUGCCCAUGAACUGGAUUACACUCUGUCGCCUCCUUUCAUUGGCUGCAAUUCUUCUCUACUGUACUCGUCAAUGGGCCCCAGCCUUUGAAAAUAUCCCGGAGAUUCCUCUUCUCGCAAACUUGCUUGAAUUCUUUCCACCCUCCUGGGGUGCUGCACAUGAAGCGUCUCGAAUUCUGCGGCGCCUUGCAGAUAUCAUUACAAAGCAAAAGAGCCCGUUGAUACCACGAAGCCAGUUUUCCGGGUCUUCUGUGAUGGCCACCUCAAGUUUCAAUGCUGAAAUGGAGCUACAGUCUGUCCAAGAUGACCUGGAAGCAUUGCUGAGCCAAUCAAUGGGCGAGGCAAGCUUUUAUACCUGGCCCCUGAGGCCGAAAGUUGCGGACCGAAGUGUUUCUCAUCCAUCCUUUACUAUGCAUAGCUUGAGAGCUGGACCAGAAAGUGGAAUCCGGAAUAAUCGGCUCAGUGUUACGCACGACGGAACUUCGAUCCCAGCAGAUAACGACCUGGGUGAAAGCUUGCUAGAAACGCAGUGGAUGAAUCUUUUGGGGGGUGUAGGAUCUGAUAUGCUCUAA